AUGCUUGGCUCGCAGUGCAGCGUAGGAUUCUUGGCGGAAGAGCAAGGCGAGUGCGGCCCGGGUUGCGUUCGCUUCGAGGUCAUCGGCGCCUUGGAGACGGAGCCAUCGUCGGACGACGCCGAGAUUGAGCUCGUGCUGCGCCAUGGCACGUCCGAGAAGGACCGCCUCCUCUCCCCGCUGUCGCCGACCGCGCUCCACCGGCAGACUGUCGAGUCCGUGUCCAUCGUCCCAUUCGGCGGGCCGGGACGAGGUAUGGCGCAACAUCUGUAUGCGUGA